CUCCUUCCUCUGACGCCUGUCUGCAGCUCCUUGGCCCUGGGGAUAGUCUUAUCAUGGUAGUUUCUUCAAGCAAGGGUGCUAAUAGAGAGUCCUGUCGUGGUCCCAGGUUUCCUGUGGAAUUCAGGACUGGGUGGAAGAGGACGUCUCCACAAAGAGGCCAAGAAGUCUCAUGGUAGUCAAGAGGCAAGCCCUGAGAGCUUGAUUUCCACCUUCAAAUGAAUUUUUCACUUCAGUAGACCUCAAGUCGCUGUUUGGAUUUUUCUUCUGAAAUAUUUAAGAUAGAAAAGUAUUGAACAGAGUCAUGUCAGAACAUAGCAGGAAUUCAGAUCAAGAAGAAAUCGAUGGGGAGAUUGAUGAAGAAGAAAUCUUGGCCGCCUUGUCCCCAGAAGAGCUCAAAGAACUACAGUCGGAAAUGGAGGUGAUGGCCCCUGACCCCAGGCUUCCCGUGGGAAUGAUUCAGAAGGAUCAGACCGACAAGCCACCAACAGGGAACUUCGACCAUAAAUCUCUCGUUGAUUAUAUGUAUUGGCAAAAGGCAUCCAGACGCAUGCUGGAAGACGAACGUGUUCCUGUCACCUUUGUGCCAACCAAGGAAAAAACUCAAGAACAACAUGAAGCGAUAGGCAAAAGCAAUAAAAAUAUGUCCCAGUAUUUAAAAGAAAAACUUAACAGUGAAAUCAUUGCACAUAAAAGAGAAUCACAGGGCAGUGACAAUGUCCAAGAAACAAAUAAUGAUGAUGAUGAAGAUAAUGAAGAUGAGGGGGAAGAUGAAGAAGAUGAUGAAGAAGAUGAAGAAGAAGAUGAAGGAAAAGAAGACAGUGAAGAGAGUGAUCAAACAAAAAGAGGGGAGGAAGGUGAGGUAAAGGAGCAAAUCAGAAAUGGUGAGAACACCUGCCAAGAGGUAACUAGUAAAGUAACUGAAGAACAGAAAGGCAGACCAGAGGCUCAAGACAAAAUUGAGAAAAAAAUAUCAAAAUUGGAUCCCAAGAAGUUAGCUCUAGAUACCAGUUUUUUGAAAGUAAGUGCAAGGCCCUCCGGAAACCAAACGGACCUGGAUGGGAGCUUAAGGCGAGUGAGACAGAAUGACCCUGACAUGAAGGAACUCAACCUGAACAACAUUGAAAACAUCCCCAAAGAAAUGUUGCUGGACUUUGUCAACGCAAUGAAGAAAAACAAACACGUCAAAACCUUCAGUUUAGCGAACGUGGGUGCUGAUGAGAACGUAGCAUUUGCCUUGGCUAACAUGUUGCGUGAAAAUAGGAGCAUUACCACUCUCAACAUAGAGUCCAAUUUCAUCACAGGCAAGGGCAUCGUGGCCAUCAUGCGGUGUCUCCAGUUUAACGAGACACUCACCGAACUUCGGUUUCACAAUCAGAGACAUAUGCUGGGCCACCACGCUGAAAUGGAAAUAGCCAGGCUUUUGAAAGCGAACAACACUCUCCUGAAGAUGGGCUACCAUUUUGAGCUUCCGGGUCCCCGAAUGGUGGUAACCAAUCUGCUCACCAGGAAUCAGGAUAGACAAAGGCAGAAAAGGCAAGAAGAACAGAAACAGCAGCAGCUCAAAGAGCAGAGGAAGUUAAUUGCCAUGUUGGAGAAGGGGCUGGGGCUGCCCCCUGGUAUGUGGGAGAUGCUGGGAGGACCAAUGCCGGAUUCCCGGACGCAGGAGUUCCUCCAGCCUCCUCCUCCUCGACCUCCCAACCCCCAAGCAGCCCCCUUCAGUCGACAAAAUGAAGUGACGAAAAAGCCAUCGCAGCCGCCAAAGUACAGGACGGACCCCGACUCCUUCCGCGUGGUGAAGCUGAAGAGGAUCCAGCGCAAAUCUCGGAUGCCAGAAGCCAGAGAGUCACCUGAGAAAACCAAUCUCAAAGAUGUGAUCAAAACGCUCAAACCCGUGCCAAGAAACAGGCCACCCCCUUUGGUGGAAAUUACCCCCCGAGAUCAGCUCUUGAAUGACAUUCGUCACAGUAACAUCGCCUAUCUUAAACCUGUGCAGCUGCCAAAAGAACUGGCAUAAGAGGCAACAGAAUAAUCAGGGGAAGAAGGAAGUCAUUUAAUGACUCUGGGAUUAGAACUUGACGACUGCUUCAGCCGCAUACUUCUGGAUCCAGGUGGUGGAACUGGGAACAUUGCUAAGUGAUACGAGUAUUUUGUAAAAGGCAGAAUACUUAGCCUGUGACAAAAUAGAAGCUGAAAAGGCAGGGGAGGAGAUAAACUAUUCAGGGCAACAUUUUCUACUUCCAGUUGGUUGGAGUGACUUAGAUAAAAUUUAGAGUCUUCUAGCAGAAGUUAAUAUUUUCAUAAACCUUUGCUUUAUUAUUGCUUUCUUCUGGUAAAUAACAAUAAAUAUGAUACAGGUGUUAACUAUUAUAUUCCCAGUUUUGUUUCCUUCUUCCAUCCACUCUGCUGUAAUUUAUCACACAGUAUCUUAAAGAGAACAGAGCAUGCUUCACUCUGUGGAAAUGUGCAGGGUGAACUGAACUCCAGGCCCUUCUGAAGUUUUGAAAUUGGAUACCUUGUUCAUUACCUCUUCUCUGGAGAAUCAGUUGCGAUUUCUGGUUUCCAGCCCUGCCUAUCUUUCUGUCUUGGCCAUUCCCCUGUGUGUUGGGGGGCACUCCGGAGAGGGAUUUCAAGAAGAGCAAACGCUUAAGCCACAGGACAUGGAGAAAACAGUGUUUCUGAAAAAAGUAACAGGGAAAACAAACCCUGCUUAUAUAUAAAACCUUCUGUUUGCAUACAUAUAGAGAAAAUGGGAGAUAGCAUGCUAGUUUUGUUUAAAACAAAAGACAUUAUGAAUAAUAGAUUUACUGAGCUUUGGUUUUAGCUAAGUGUGUGUGUGUGUGUAUACAUAUAUAUUUAUUUAGUUUAGCCUGUAAAUGAUCUUGAUCUUGUUCUCAAAAAUCUUAAUGAAACUUGCUAAAUAAUUAAACUUGAAUUCCUUAUCCUAUCA